AUGCGCUUCAUCAACACUCUGGCCCUCUUGGCCGCUACUGCCACCGCGCUCCCCGUCGCUCUCCCCGGUAACCCCGAGGUCGUCGUCUGGGAAACCGUCUACGAGACCGUCUACCAGACUGCCUCCAGCGAGCCCACUGUCGCCGCCAACGUGAACAUCGCCAUUCCUUCGACCACCGAGGCUGCCCCCACCACCUCCAGCACCGCCACUCCCAUUCCCACCACCACCGCUCUCCCCACUCUCGCCGUGCCCACCACCACCGCCGUGCCCACUACCACUGCGGCCCCAAUCGCCAGCAGCAGCGCCGACGUCUGGACCAGCAGCACCCUCGCCAUCGCAAGCACCACCUCCAGCGGCGCAACCGCCACUGGUUCCGGCAUCGCCAUCAAGAACAACCUCGACCAGGACGUCUACCUCUGGGUUGUGACCGAGACCGAGGGCGAGAUGCAGACUCUCUCCACUGGCCAGACCUUCACCGACACCUGGUUGACCAACACCAACGGCGGCGGUAUCUCCAUCAAGAUGUCCACCACCGAGGCCUGCGAGUCCAUCCUGCAAUUCGAGUACACCCAGUCCAGCGAGGUUCUCUUCUGGGAUCUCUCCUCCAUCAACUUGCUCAAGGACUCGGCUAUCGUGGCUGCUGGAUUCGGCGUCACUAUUAGCGACUCUUCGUGCACCACUGCCACCUGUGCCGCCGGUGAUUCCGACUGCAUUGAGUCCUACCAGCACCCUGAUGAUGUCAACACCUUGGCUUGCACCAUCGAUGCUGCCUACACUCUUACCCUGGGUUAA